AUGUCAUCCUCAGAGCCUCCAUUGUACGAUUUCAUGACUCCUCCCUCUGCUUCUCCUCCUAACUCUCCCCCUCACCGUCUUUUCCACUGCCACUACUGUCACCGGAGGUUCUUCUCCUCCCAAGCUCUCGGCGGCCACCAGAAUGCCCACAAGAAGGAACGUGCCGCCCUGCGCAGAACCACCAACACUCGUCAUCAUCAGCACUCUCUCCCCAUCUUGAUUACCAGACCUCAGCCUCCCAAUCAUUUCUUCGUCGACGACCGGUGUCGUUGGAAUAUGGACCACAAGCGGAUGAAUGAGCAAGCCAUGCAAGCUCACCACCACGUCUGUCCAAAUCCUCUUCCCUUAGUCUCUCAUGGCGGUUCCGUCCCUGAAUUUCUCUGCCCUAACCCUAGCGUACCCGAUUCCGCUGCUGUUGAGCUCGACCACGUAAAGCUUGACCUUACUCUCCACCUGUGA